AUACAUUGCCAGACUUACCACAGCUGAAUCGUUGAUGUAUUUUCUAGGGAAAUCCUUAAGUUCCUUAACACCUACCAUGUCAGUUUAUAUUGUCAGGUCCAUCUUGCAGCUUUGCCUUUGACUAGAGUGACUCAAGUCUUCAACUCCUGCAGCUCUGACUUGGAUAAGUGCCGGAUAGUGGAUCCUCUCUUUGACAGUAAGCAGCAGAGUGCAGAGAUGACAUGGAAUCAAGAAACUCACAAUGUGUCGGAGUGUGAAAGCUUUCCUAACAACCACGAUGUGGUCACAGCGCUUUACUUUUUGAUGUUCCCCUUAGCUUUGUUGCUGAAUGGUGUGGCAGCCUGGGUGUCUCUGCACCUCAAGUCCACCUCUAACUUUGUGGUGUAUCUGAAGAAUCUGGUGGCUGCUGACAUUAUUAUGACUUUAAUCAUGCCAAUCAAAGCUGCACGAGACUUGCAGGAUGUGCCGAAAACAUUAUACAUUCUCUCAUGUUAUCUCAGUGCUGUUUUCUACAGUGCACUGUACGUCUGUGUCGCUUUUCUGGGUUGUAUCAGUCUGGACCGUUUCUUCAAGAUCAUGACACCUAACAGCAAGUUGUUUAGUAAGAAUCUGAUCUUCAGCAAAGUUUUAUCAGGCUUAAUUUGGGUAACAGUUUUUGGAUGCACAGCUUUACCAAAUAUAUGUUUUAGUAAAUUGGUGACCAAUAUGACAGAGAUCAGCUCUUGUAUGAUACUGAAAGAACCGGUUGGACUUAAAAUCCAUGAAGUGAUUGUGAUCUUCCAGAAUGCUUUCUUCUGGAUUGUCAGUGUGGUCCUUGCUGUUUGCUACAUCUCCAUUGCAAACAAGGUAAUCCAGUCUUUUCGGAACUCUGGCAGCAGCAACAACCAGGGACAGAAGAAGAUCAAACUCCGUGUAUUUCUAGUUGUUGUUGUGUUUUUUGUGUCAUUUGGACCAUACCAUAUUGUAAGGAUCCCUUACACUUUCCAACAAGUUAACUAUUCUUCUUUUACCGGCUGCAAUAUUUUAAGCAGCACAUUUACCAAGGAAAUCAGCCUCUGGCUUGCCAGCACAAACAUCUGCAUGGUCCCAAUUCUCUAUAUCUUUCUGUGUCGGGAGUUCAAGGAGAAACUGGUUUCUAUGAUAAAAAAUGUGUCCAUCUCAUUCAAAGCCUCAGCAGACAAAGCUAAAGGCAUUACACCACAAAGGUCAUGAACAUGCUUUUUUAAGAUCUGGGCUCAGAAAGAUCAAGAUAUUGUUUCAAACAUGUGCAUUUAGUGUUGACGUUGUGGUGUGAGGUUUUGUGUCUUGUCAGUGUGCCGCUCUAAAUAGCGAGAAAAACAUUUACAGGAAAUACAAUAAGGUUGGAUGAGAUAAACAGUAUGAAACAAUAGGGUGUUGUUAUUAUGAUGGUUUUUUUUAAUGUCACAGUUUUGUAUUGUGUCUGGAAGUUUAAACCAUUAGGUGAAUAGAGUUUUAAAAGAGAGACUGUAAAUGAGGAUUCCAUGCAAAGCAAGUUAGAAAAAGAAAGUUAACAUUUGCUUCUCAAACUGAAGACCUAAAAUGUUUGUGGUGACAGUAAAAAUAGGUCAUGUAUUUUAUACGUUUAUUCAGAUGUGCAAUGUGUCCAUUGGCCGGGUUGCUUGGCAGCAUGUUAAUAAGCGCAACAUGAAAGGUUAUUGCAAAUAAUACAUUUGUUUUAUUUAUGUAUAUUAAGAGUGAAUAAUAAAGCAUGCUGUAAAUCUUAA